CUCAGCCACCUCUGCUCCAGGACAACUGACAAAGGCCUCCGUACCUUUGUCUCCAGCCCUAGGGGCCUGACCCUGGCCAGAUUUCUGAAAUUCACCGGACAGGCCCCAAACCAUCCCCACCCUGAGGCCAGCUCCCAGGAACACGGGGUAUUCCUGGAGGGCAGGUCCUCGGGGCAGGGCCUGUCCUGUACCUGCUCCGGGGCCUUGCGCAUUGGAGGUGUUCCAGAAGUAUCUGUGGAAUUAAACCCAGUUGCUGUCCCUUCUCCUGCUAAGGUCCCUUCAUAGGAAGACUUUCUGUCUCUGAAAAGCUGCACCAGUCCGUAAGCCCUCCCUCUCUGCUACCUUCUCUCUCUCUCCCCUCCCUCCUUUCCUAUCUUUCUUCCACAAAUAUUUGUUGAGCACCUCAUAUAAGUCAGGCACCGAGGGUCCCGUGGUAAGACAUUCCUGUUCCCUCUCUUAUGGAGAUGACCUGACGUGGGAGCCCAGUCAGCGAAUCCACAAGCUGCCUGUUAUAUCAAUCACGGAGUCGGGAUCUAUUUAUAGGUUGGGAGUACUGUGUCCUUAGUCACAAAGAGACACAGACAGGGGACUGUCAGCUGGUGCCGGAGGAGCUGAGCAGCAAGUCAUCAGCAACUGGAGACACCUGAGGGGCGGACGGUGCACCCAGCCCAAUCCUCACCCGGCCCCGAGCAUGCUGCUGAACAGAAUGUCCGCAGAUGACCGGCACCUGACCUCCAGCUGCGGCUCCUUCAUCAAGACGGAGCCGUCCAGCCCGUGCUCCGGCAUUGACGCCCUCAGCCACCACAGCCCCAGUAGCUCGUCGGACACCAGCGGCGCCUUUGGCCUGGCCCUGGGCGCCCACGCCAAUGGUCUGGACUCCCCGCCCAUGUUUGCAGGCGCCGGGCUGGGAAGCACCCCGUGUCGCAAGAGCUACGAGGACUGUGCGGGUGGCAUCAUGGAGGACUCGGCCAUCAAGUGCGAGUACAUGCUGAACGCCAUCCCCAAGCGCCUGUGCCUCGUGUGUGGGGACAUUGCCUCUGGCUACCACUAUGGCGUGGCCUCCUGCGAGGCCUGCAAGGCCUUCUUCAAGAGGACCAUCCAAGGGAACAUCGAGUACAGCUGCCCGGCCACCAACGAGUGUGAGAUCACAAAACGGAGGCGCAAGUCCUGCCAGGCCUGCCGCUUCAUGAAAUGCCUCAAAGUGGGGAUGCUGAAGGAAGGUGUGCGCCUUGACCGAGUGCGUGGAGGCCGCCAGAAAUACAAGCGACGGCUGGACUCAGAGAACAGCCCAUACCUGAGCUUACAGAUCUCCCCACCUGCUAAAAAGCCAUUGACCAAGAUCGUCUCCUACCUGCUGGUGGCUGAGCCGGACAAGCUGUACGCCAUGCCUCCCGCCGGCAUGCCUGAGGGCGACAUCAAGUCCCUGGCCACUCUCUGUGACCUGGCGGACAGAGAGCUCGUGGUCAUCAUCGGCUGGGCCAAGCACAUCCCAGGCUUCUCCAGCCUCUCUCUAGGGGACCAGAUGAGCCUGCUGCAGAGCGCGUGGAUGGAGAUCCUCAUCCUGGGCAUCGUGUACCGCUCCCUGCCCUAUGACGACAAGCUGGUGUACGCGGAGGACUACAUCAUGGACGAGGAGCACUCCCGCCUCACGGGGCUUCUGGAGCUCUACCGGGCCAUCCUGCAGCUGGUGCGCAGGUACAAGAAGCUCAAGGUGGAGAAGGAGGAGUUUGUGACGCUCAAGGCCCUGGCCCUGGCCAACUCAGAUUCCAUGUACAUCGAAGACCUGGAGGCAGUCCAGAAGCUGCAGGACCUGCUGCACGAGGCGCUGCAGGACUACGAGCUGAGCCAGCGCCAUGCAGAGCCACGGAGGACGGGCCAGCUGCUGCUGACGCUGCCCCUGCUGAGGCAGACGGCCGCCAAGGCUGUGCAGCACUUCUACAGCAUCAAACUGCAGGGAAAGGUGCCCAUGCACAAACUCUUCCUGGAGAUGCUGGAGGCCAAGGUCUGACGGCCUAGGACACAGACAGACUCCCACCUGUGGACAGACAAAUGGAUGGCCCAAUGCAGAGACCUCCACAGCCACCAGCCUCGCCCUUCCAGCCCUGUGUCAUGGCCAUGGGCAGCCUCAGAAGAAGGGGCUUCUUGCCUCCAGGCUGUGUGCAGAGUCCUGGGUGCUGUGAGGCAGGGGAACGGGGAUGGGGGGCGGGGCGUGGGGCUCAUCUGAAACUGGCUUUUUCUUUGGUAUGUUUUUCCUUCCCCAUGGGCAGUGCUGAUGCCUGGACCAGAGCUGACUUCCCUGAGACUGGAGACCACUGAGGAAGGGCCCCCUCUCCCCACCAGACCACCAAGAGGCAGCUCGAAUAGUUCCCGGCCCUACCCCCACCAACCUCCCCCACCCCUGGCCUGGCUAGGGCCCAGAACUCAGGCACACUCAGGUUGGGUACCACCUGGCAGUGUUCCUUCGCAGAGGGCAGGUGCUCCCUCCCAGAAGCCCCGCCUACUCUGUGGUUCCCGUGGUCCCUCAAGAGGCCCUGUGCCUUCGACAGUCCCGCCGGCCCCACCUUCCACACUUUGCCUCAGCUCCGCACACACCCAGCUCCUGGGGGGCUCACCAUCAGGAGAGUAGCUGCAAGAGCUCGCACAUUUUCAUGGGCACCCCAGCGCUCAGUGCCCCCCAUCUGCCUGUCCUCCUCUUCCUCUUCACCCCCAAGAGACCCCCUGCUACUUCCUGCCCCUCCCUCAGAGCUCACUCAGACUGUGCUUCUGCCAGCCGCUGUGGCCAGGGGCUGUAGCUAGAGUAGUGCUCGCCCACAGAGGAGCUCCCCGACGCCCCCCUUUCCCCGUGUUCUCCCCUCCUUCUGCCAGCCUUCGGGUCAGGUCCAGAGCAUGUGGUCUGUGCGAAGUGGAGGAUCUGGAGGGCCCUGGCCCCGUCUGGGGCACCUGGGCACUAGGAUUCCAGGCUGGGAGGAUCUGGGCAGAGUGAGGGGAGGCCCAAACCAAUCUCUGCUGAGCACAGAAAAGCCCAGAAGCAGAUGAGCAGACAGGGGAAGCCUGAAGACGGGGAGCUCAGUGGAGGCCGCCGGCCUCUCUGACCCUUCCUGCUUCCACGAGCAGCGGACACCUGGACAACCCUCCCUGCAUGGUUCGCACAGGUGGCCUAGGGCAACUUAGAGGCUCUCCCAAGAAUGGAAGAUGCCCUUCCCAGCAGCCAAUUUCUAGAGCAAGCAUCAGAGCCACCCCACCUGGGACAUUUUUCGCCUGGGAUAUAUGCACACCCUUUCUAACCCAACCUCCCAUCACCUGGAGAGGUAGGCAGAUCCCCACCACCCUCACCAGGACACCAGGGGGCCAGGGGCCCUCUUCCACAGCCUCCUGGGCUUUCCAAGGCUGGUAGCUGUUGCUGGCUCCGCCUCCCUGUCUCUCCAGACAGACACCAGCAGCUGCAGAGUGGCUGGCUGAUGUCCUCACAUAGGAAAUAGCAAGGGUCCCAGUGAUGUGUGCCCCCUCCCCUUUGGCUCUGGGGAAGCCAAGGCCACAGUCACUUGAUAGUGACUGAAAUAGCAUUGGAAUUAUGAUCGAUCCAGGAUGCUCCAUCCCUAGCUCUGUGUGGGUCCCCAUUAUCCUUGGUCUGGGAGGGCACCUCCUCAGCAUCAAGGAACUGGGACAAAGCCCAAAUCCAACCUAACCGUGAGUGGUUGAGCCCAGGGUCUGAACCGGAGAACUCUCGGUGAGAGAACCCGAGGCCUGCCUCUCCCCGGGCUGCCUGCUGCAGGUGGUGGGGAGGGGGUGGCGUCUCAUACCUGGGCGCCCCGCUCGGUGCAGUGUCACUUUCUGCUGAAGCAUGAGGACCACGUGGCAGGGCUUGUGUCCGCUGGCAUUUGCAGUCCAUCUUUUCCAAGAAAAGCCUCUCUGGCUGCCGGUGAGACGCUGGCCUGGAGCGGGCAGGUGUUCUGUACACCAGGCAGCUGUGCCUUGCUGCACCCGGCGUCAGGGUCCCUUUCUAGCAGCAGGCACGGAGGGGGAGGGCCUGAGAGCUUGGUGCCAAUAAGGUGGAUGCUGCUGAUGCUUCGACUCUUAAAAAGGCUCCUAGAGCAACAGGAAGUGUAUCUGUAACAACGGGAAUGGCACUCGGUGGGAGAGGUCUGAGCCCGUGUGGGAGCCACAGAUGGUCGGAGAGCCUGUGUAGGGGCCAACGCCUUGGAAGCCUCUCCAGCUGCGGGGCCUCCCUGGGAGGAGGGUGGCCCUGGCUCAGUGUGGGGGAUGGUGAAGUAAGGAGAGGUUAGGAUACCCCAUCCCCCCUAAAAAACAGGAGAGAACUCAAGUUUUACCCUCAAAUCUGCUGUUCCUGGAAAAUCUGUAAAGCGGAAAUAGCCCUUCUCAGUUGUAUUCUCAUGAUACAGGUUACUGAAAUGAACCAAGAAAUAAAGUACAAAUACGACCGUGGAGAAGGUGGUUGUGGCUGGGUUUUGUUUGGUCCCCAUGUCCCCACCCUUGCUAAAGCUUCCAGACUGGUUUUGCCACACUUGAACCUUGAAAAGAGGCGCCCAGGUUUUGUGCACAGGAAACCUCGGCUGCCUCCCAGGGCACAAGGGAAGAGCCCAGUAGGAGGCUCUCAAAACCAGAGUGGGGUGCGGGGUGGGUGGCCAUGACGAGGGCUUAGAGGAGCAGGAAUCUGCAUGCACCCGAGUGUCGGGGGCCACCCUCCCCUCCAGCCGCUCCCCUCCCCGUGCAGAUGGAAGAAGUGCCAGGGCAGGGGGCAGGGGCAGCCUGGGGGAGGGGUGGCCCACCUAUAGCAGGAAGACAGGGGGCCCUGCCCACGGAACAGCACCAAAGAAAAGCACUAUGUGGAAAGAUUGUUUUAUUUUCUAAUAAUGGUAAUGUGGCUGGAAUGGCUUCUUAAAUGUAUAUAUUUUUAAAAAUGGCAGCCCCUCAUUGCAUCACCCACCUGUACGGAUUUCUUCCUCUGUUUGUGUCUCCCAGAGACCUCCAUGUAAACGUACCACCCGAGGAUUCUCUGGUCCUGCUCCCGUGUAUCUGGAAUCUAAUAAAUAAGAAACGGC